AUGAACCAGCUUAUCAAUUGUGAAGUGAAGAUCAAGGGAGUUAAUCAAAAAGCUUAUUUGUCUUUUGUGUAUGGUAGAAAUUCAGUGGAGGAGAGGAAGAGUCUUUGGUCUCAACUAUACUUACCUCAGGCUACUAUUAAGCCUUGGUUGGUUGUUGGGGACUUCAAUGCUAUUUUCGAAUUUGAUGAUCGUAUUGGAGGUAGGCUGGUUACUGAAUUAGAAGUGGAAGAUAGUCGGCUAUGGAGGGCUAAAGCUUUGUUGACUGAAUUAUGGUCUAGUGGAUCUUUCUUUACUUGGUCUAAGAAACAAAAAGAAGGUUCAAGAAUCUUCUCUAAGUUGAACAGAGUUUUUAUCAAUGAACAGUGGCUUGAUACUUUUCCUGAAUUAGAGGCUCAUAUUAACUGGGAUACAAUUUCUGAUCAUUGUUAUUGUAUCAUCAAAACAGUUCAAUUUCAGGUGUCUGGGAUUAGGCCAUUCAUAUAUUAUAAUAUGUGGGCUAAUCAUAAGGACUUUCGGAGUACAGUCCUUAAUAAUUGGUCUAAACCAACUGGUGGUUAUGGUUUGCAACAGACCAUUCAGAAGUUAAGGAGGCUCAAACCUGUUUUAAACCAGUUGAAUAGGAAGCAAGUUGGUGAUGUUGUCCAACAAUAUGCUGCAGCUAAACAGAAGUAUGAGAUGGCCCAGUUCUUGUUGCAGCAGUCUCCUUCUUCGAGUAUGUUGCAGCAGGAUGAGAUAGAGGCGGCUACUGAGUAUGCUAGAAUGUCCAAAUUUUAUGAGAGUUUCCUUCGGCAAAAGAGAAAAAUUAAUUGGCUUAGAUUUGGUGAUGAGAACACAGCUUACUUUCAUGCUAGUCUUAAACAGAGGAGAAUGAGGAACCGUAUCACUAGUUUUAUGAAUGAAGAGAGUCAGAUUGUUGAGUCUUAUCCAGAGCCUUUUACUAAGAAGGAUGUUAAGAGAUCAUUAUUUAGUAUCCCCUCAAUCAAGAGUCCUAGUCCAGAUGGUUUUGGCUCUGGUUUUUAUAAAGCCCUUUGGAAAGAUAUAGGGGAAGAAAUCUCUGAGGCGAUUUUGAUGUUCUUUGAGCAUGGUGUGAUUCCUUCUGAGUUGAAUGGGACAAUCUUAUCUCUUAUUCCUAAGAUUCUCCCUAUGAUUAUUCAUCAAAAUCAAGGAGCCUUUAUAAAGAAUAGACAGGUUGCUCAUAAUAUUUUAAUUCUUCAAGAUCUUCUUCAUGGCUAUACUAGGAAGAAUAUUUCUCCCCAGUGUUUGAUAAAAAUUGAUCUCAGUAAGGCGUAUGACUUUGUUGAUUGGGUUUUUAUGGAGGAUAUCUUGACAGCUUUUUGUUUUCCUAGAAGGUUUAUUCAAUGGAUAAUGACUUGCUUGACGGGUACUUCUUAUACUCUUAUGUUAAAUGGGAGAUUACAAGGAAGUUUUGAAGGGAGGAAAGGAUUAAGACAAGGAGACCCCAUCUCUCCUCUGCUUUUUGUGCUGGUCAUGGAGUACCUCACUAGACUUCUUAAGCAAGCUUCUCAUCACAGAGAGUUUAGAUUUCAUCCCAUGUGUAAGCAUUUGCAGCUUGUUAAUUUGUGUUUUGCGGAUGAUCUGAUAUUGUUUUGUAAGGGGAAUUUUAGAUCAGUUCAGAUUUUAUUUGAAGGUUUUUCGAAGUUUUUCCAUUGUUCUGGUCUAGCUGCUAAUUUGGGUAAAUCCCAAAUAUUCUUUGGGGGUGUGGCAGCUGAGGUCAAGAAUAUUAUUCUGAGGUCUGUUGCACUUGGAGAGGGGAGUUUUCCUUUGAAGUACCUGGGAGUUUCUCUUAGGCCCAUGAGAUGUGUCAUUCAAGAAAUUGACAGGUUGUGUCGUAACUUCUUAUGGAGAUCCAAAAACAAUCGCUACAAGUUCCAUUGUCCCUCUUGGUCUCAAGUUUGUCUUCCUAAAGUGUUGGGUGGUCUGGGUUUUAAGGAGGGUUCUAAUUGGAACAAAGUUCUUUUGGCUAAAUAUAUUUGGGCUUUGUCUUCUAAGAAAGAUGUGUUAUGGGUGAAAUGGAUUGAUGAGAUGUAUCUUAAAGGACAUUCUUUCUGGUCUUAUCAGCUGAAACCAGAUGUUAGUUGGUAUUGGCAGGGACCCGAUGUUGCUAAGGCAAUGUGGUGUAGUCUAUCUAUUCCCAAGCAUCGUUUUAUGCUUUGGCAAUCAGUUCUUGGCCAUUUACUGACUAGAGAUAAUCUGAUUCAUUGCCAGAUUGAUGUUAGCUCUCAGCUGUGUCCGGUUUGGGAGCUGCUUAAGAAUUGGUUGGGUCCUGGUAUUUGGCCGAAUCAAUUUGAAAAUUGGACGAAGUGGUUAGAAGGGAAGCCUAAAAAUUUGAUGCAUCGCAUUUCUGUAGCUUCUUUGGCAACUGCGGCUCUGACUGAGUUUGUUCCUUGUGCAGCUAUAUUUGCAAGGACGGGCAAAUCUAUGACCCUCGGGGGUCAGUACGAGAAACCGUCCAGUCUUUCCCCUGGGGAAAAAGAUUAUCGCCAGGUUGUGAAUGAUGUCACGAUGCUGGCAUGUGAAAAGAUGGAAUCGAUAGGAGCUCCGGACCUAAGGACUGCCUUUCAGGCUAAAAGGCCCAGGGUGACGAAGAAGGCCACUCCGAAAACGGGGGACACUACAAAAUCCCCCUCUAAGGGUAAAGAUGUGAGCUCUGCUGGGGAGCAAGCUUUGGUGACUACUGUCAUCGUUUGGAAAGUUCCCCCUCCUCCCCCUCGACACAUGCCUCCACAUCUACAAUCCGUCCUAGCCCAAUACAGAAGAAUAGCUCAUGGUAAGGCUAGAAACAAAGAGAUCCAAGCCGAGUUGGCCGCUGCCAAGGUCGCCCUGAACGUUGUUCAUGAAAGUGAGAAUGCCGCCAAAGCUGCCUUGACAGUUGCUUAG